AUGCCCUCAGCAAUUGAAGACAUCCAACUACCAAAUCUGAGGAAGAAUACUAAGAAGGAUUUGGCAGAUACAAGUCGCUUCAAACCGCCAUUACUAAGGGACAACAGAUUUCUUGAGCCUCAAAAAGAUUCACAGGUUGUGAAAGCUGUUGAUGUAACCAGAGCAUUAAAUCCCCAACGCUCAUAUUCAGCAAAGAAGAGAAGAGCAACCAAGUAUGAUUAUAAAUUGAUAAGAGCAUACCUUACCUUGCUACUUCCCAACAAGAGAGCAAAGACCCUUUUCCCUCCUUGUUCUUUGAUCCUUCUCUAUUCUGCUACCCCCUUUCCCCUGAAACUGAACAAGAUGGAUGUUAACGAAGCUGAAGAAUGGGAUCUGGAAAUGCUACCAGAUGAAAGCAGGGUGGCACACAAGAACACUCUUAUCGGGAAGAUCUUCUCAGAAAGGCCAAUCAGCAAGCGCUCCAUGAUUGGGAUGAUCUGCUCAGCCUGGGUCAACUGCCACAAACCCAAAAUAUAG